AUGGCCCACGAUGACACUCUACUGUCCCUUCAGGAGACAUUAAAUCUGGUCAAGCUCCCUCGGCGAGGCGAAGUGAGACGGUUCAUGUCCACAAGGGGUGCAUAUCUGCCAGGAUCCGACUUUCCCGCGGGCAGGGAGAUGCCUAUGUUUCAUAAGGCCUCAUACGGUGGUCAUGUGUACGGUCAAUCGGCGUUGGCGGCAUAUCGAGUUUGGAGAGAGCUGGAGGAUGAAAGAGGGGCAAAGCAGCAGGAGCGACUAGACCUUCAUGCCAUACACGGCUUCUUCACCCGUGCGGGCAUCCCAGACCGGCCCUUCAUCUACGACGUGACACCCUUAACCAGCUCCCGCACAUUCAGCACCCUCUCCGUAACCGCCCGGCAGCCCUCAAAGCCAAGCACCCGCGUCAACCCUUUAGGGAAUGAGCGCUUUCCCCUCGCCGACGCCGCCCUCCCUCUAAGCCCGCCGGCCUUCACAGCCAUCUGCUCCCUCAAACUCCCCGAGCCCGACAGCGCGGGGGUCUCCACCCAAGAAAGCCCACCACAAACCCGCUUUGCAGCCAUCCUCUCCCAACGCGCCCCGCACGCCUGGCCCCCCGCACCGCCGGUCGACCUGACAGGCGUGGUAGCCCUCGUAGGCGCCGACCAGCCCGGGCGGUUCCCCAUCGCCGAGAUGCGCAAGGUCGACAUGAGCGCGUACAACACCGGGCGGGACGUCCACGAGCGGCGCGAGCUGGUGCUGUACCGACUUCGGCUUCGCCGCUCCUCUCCCGACACUACUGGUUCAAGUUCAAGUUCUGAAGAGGGGUGGGAAUGGGAUGCCAACGCGCACGUGGCGGCGCACGCGUACAUUGCUGACCGGAAUGGGCUGCUUAUGGUGGCUAAUCAUAUCGGGUUUGGGUUUACGCUGACCAGGGCGGCGAGUCUGAGCUACUCGUUCGUUAUGCAUGUUGGUGCGGAGCAGGCUGUUAUGCGGCAUCAUGAUGAUGGCUCGGACUCGGAUGGGUGGUGGAUUCAGGAGGCGUGGUUUCCGCGCUCGGGGGCGGGAAGGGGAAUCGUGGAGAGCAAGAUUUGGAGUCCUGCUGGGGUGCAUGUUGCGAGUGAGUACCAGGAUGGGUUGGUUCAGGGCCUAGCGGAUACCGGUAGGACAGAAUCCUAGAUCAUGUCGGUGUAAUGCCAAAAUCAGAAGCAUAAGACCAGGCCUAUCGUGAGCUUCAUCAUAGGUGCGAUGAGUCUCCUCUUGAGUCUCAGGGGGCUGGUACAGUGGAGUUCAAGGGUUAGGGUCCAUCGUGUCAGAGCUCAUGUGGAGUCAUGGGUCGG